AAUCCAAAAUCUUUAUUUACCAGAUUCCAAAAAGAGUGGAAGACCACCAAAUAGUGUAUGGCAUUAUUUUGAUAAAGGAAAUGAAAGAUUUCCUAAAAAAUAUGACACAUAUUGUAAUGACAGAAGUUCACGUGGAAGUCCUCAAUUAAUGGAAGAACAUUUAACUAAUAAUUGUGCAAAUGUGCCUGUUGAAGUCAAAAAAAUUUAUCUGGAAAUUGUAUUGAAUAGACAUCAUCUAGCACAGGGUUUGUCAUCAUUUUGGUUACGAUUUGACCCACGAAUUCGUUGUUGUUUGGAUGACGAUUGA